AUGACUACCACGUACAACUACUCCAUCCCGUCUAUUGCAGCCGUCUAUGGCAUCGGCCUCCUCCCACACGGCUACUAUGUCAUCAAAAUGAUGGCUAACGCGAAGGGCCAAUCGAGCAAUAUUCUACCUCGCCAAAACCUGUCCGAUCUCAAAGGCCGCAUCGCCGCCGAUGUCUGGAACAAGUUGGCUCGAGCACGAGGUGCGCAUUUGAACGCUAUGGAGGGCGUGCCUAUGUUUGCAGCUGCCAUGCUGGCUGGGAACCUGGCCAAGCUGCCUUCAAGUGAGCUGAAUACACUUGCGGUGGAAUAUAUCGGCGUCAGGAUCCUGUAUACGGCACUGUAUAUGGGCGUGAGGUCUGAGGCGGCAAGUUAUUUGCGGACGGGGGUGUGGGCCUGGGGGAUGGCGAUUCCAAUUUGGGGAUUGAUUCGGGCUGGGAGGGUGAUGAAUGCGGAUCAGUGA